GGUAUCCACAAAUUAAUUCUUAAAGAGAUUUAAAAUCAUUUGUAUUGUGGUGGAAAUUCAUACUUAACAGAGGAUUGAAAUCAUUUUAUGUUUCAUCACACUUAUUAUAUGAUUCAACUGCUUCAAAUGUCUCAAAAAUUAUUAAAAUAAUUCAGAUGCCAAAGUAGAAUUUUAGUCAUCGCUAUUUACACAAUAAAUACGCAAAGCCCAACCGAAAAAAAAAAAAUAAAACAUUAAAUACAUAAAAAUAUUAUGUCGACACAAAGUGGAACAAUAGGUAGAACGAAUCGAGCUUUAUCACUGACUACAAACCAAAUGAAACGUCAACGGUCGAUAGAGUGGCAACAAGAGAAAAAUUAUAGUAGCAGCGAAGAGGAAAAUGACCGCAUUGGUGGACGAAUAAAUAAUAAUAAUGAAAUAAACGUUAAUCAUCGAAAAAAUAAUUCAAAUACAAGUCCAUCAAGGGAUUCCUCGUCAGUACUUGCACAAUUAAUCGCACAAACACAACAGUUAUCGUCAAAUGCUGAGAGAUCAUAUCGUUCAGAUUGCGAAACAGAUGAUGGUAUUAGUAUGGCAAAUGACGGUGAAUUUGUGAAUGCAAGUAGCUCACAGCAGUUGACAAAUCAUUCAUCAAAAAUGAAAAAUCGCUCUCCGCUCGCACUUAGACAGUCGUCGCCAUUUCCGAAUGAAAUGACCAACAGACGAAUGCAACAGUACAAUACUGCACAGGAACGAUUGAGGAAUGGUGAUUCAAUUUUCACAGCAGGCAAGCCAGCAAUUCUUACAAAUAAUACGCUAAUACGCGGUAGUAAAGCUUUAAAUAAUAAUCGUCGUCCGAUAACGUCUUCGAGUAGUACAAUAUCGUCGCAAAGCACGAACAAUGAUAAUGUACGUGGAUGUAACAAUGAAAAAGAGCGGAAGGAUAAAGGAGGCAAAGAUAGCAUGCAACAACGUUACAUGAUGGAUUCAGGUAAUUAG